AUGGAAGACCAAAACAUACUGAUAGACCAAUUGGAAGACAAACUCAUAGACCAUCCUCAAAGCACUGGCGACGGAGAGGAGUCGUAUCAGGAGAAGCUCACCGAGAGAGCCUCUCAGAUUCUCAGCGGGAAGUGGGGUCUGCCUAGUGGCGCCAAUGGGCUGGACAACACUUCCUUCUACAAUUUUCUUCUAACAAAACCAGUCUUGCACUAUCAGUACCUGGAUUACGACGACUUACGUCUGGAGUUGGCUGAGUGGUUUGUGUCGUCAGACCUCUUGGCUCUUCCGACAAUUGAGUUUGAAGAGCCUUUUGACAUGGAGGAUGCCUUCAGAAUGGGAUUCCAUCCAUCACUAAACUUGAGUAGGCAGAGCUCGCAGGUGAAUCACCUAUAUUAUUAUAUUCUUGGAGAGUACAAGACCCUCGAGGACGAACUCCAGCAUCUCAAUCGCAUAGAACUGAACUGUGCUCGUUUCAUGGCUCAUGCCCUAUUCCAGAAGGUCCUUUCUCUCUUUGUAUCUCUGCUUCAGAAAUACAUAACCAAUGCAUCGGACUAUGUGUCGCCUUCCAAUUCUGUCGAUGCUUUUGGAAUUAACAUUCAGAGAUUGGCUACAGUCUUGUACUUCUCCAUUACCGUAGCUACGCUAUCAAAUGAUAGACCUGCGUCAAUGGAGAAGAUCGUGUUCGACUCGUGUCUACUAGAACACGUUACUAAACUGAUUGAAGUGUGGAAGCAGUAUCCCAGCAACACAUUGAAGAUUCGCAGCUUCAUUCUUCUUCUCAGCAAGCUCAUUUUGUUCGAGUUUGGUGACUCUGCGCAUUUGACAAAGGUCGAAAACCUACUCAACAAAAACACAGAGCCUCAAAAGAAAGGAAACACUGUCAAAGAAGCACUUACCUGCUCCCCACUAGAGUUCUUCUCCAUGAAGGAGGAUCUCCACGAUAAAUAUCCACUUAGCGAGGGCCUUAAUCCGCAAGAUGGUCAGCCAUUGGAGCGCGAGAGAUCUGAAUUUAUGGCUUUAAACUCUCAUUCAUCCUCUAUGACAAAUCUCAUCGAAGCUCCCAGAACUAAUAAGGGCCAUACUGUGCUAGGGCAGUUACCCACCCAAACUUUGCAUAUCUCCACCCCAGUAUCGUCUCCCCCGACAACACCAUCUGACUUCAUGUCGGGAGGAGAAAAAAUCAGAAAAAUGUACCAUGUGCACCAAGGAAUGCCCCUCAUUUAUCCGUACAUAGCUCAGCAAACGGUACCCCAGGCCAUCAUGGAAGCAGAUCAUCUUCUUGACACGACAGCCAAGAAAGAUUAUACAUUUGAGCAAUUUUAUGAUGAACGAAUGGCAUUCAUGAAACAGGAAAGAGGUAUCAGCGACUGUUACUCGUCACAAACAGAUGGCAAAUUUACGACUCUAACGUCUACACAAAUGCAUGAGUCAGAUCUCCAAAGGUGCAAAACUUCAAUUGAAAGAGUUGAGAAAUUCUAUUCUUCAUGUGCUGCUCAGUUGCAAGCCUUGGUUGAGGUCCUGAAAUGUGUCAUUUCUUCGAAUAAACUUGAUGUCAAUCUCCGGGAUUUGGAAUGCGAGGUUAAUAUUGAGGGAUCAUUUAUUUCCAAGUUUGGUGCCGACCCCGAAGUUUCAAAUCAGGUCCGGAGCGCAUUGUUUCGCAAACUUGAGAGCUUCAAAGUGAAAGACACAACACUCAAAGCGGUAUCUAGGAUUCUCAUUUUACUUUUAAAGUGGUUUAAAACGAGCAAUAUUCUAAAAAGCUUCUAUUUCGGUACUAUUCUAGUUGAUUCUCACUAUAUGACUACCUUCAUGGACUUCAUCUCAGACAGUUUCAACAACAAUGCAUUGCAAAGAACAGACGACGAAAAUUCCUCGCUAAGCUCUUAUGACAUACUUGCCUCUCAGAACCGCAUUUUGAAUCCCCCAAUUGAUUUACCGCAGUAUGAUUUCUUUAAUUACUGUCUUGGGAAGACUGAACCACCAUCUAAGGUUCGUCUUCUCAAUCGAGUUCCCAUCUGUCGUAUGAAACACGAAUUGACCCCAAAUGGUGAAAGAAUCGUUAACAUUGAUGAAUUUAACCGAUCUUAUUGCACGAUACUCACGAAUUUGUUCAGUGUUACCAACGAAUUGCUUAUCGAGAAUAUGUCACAUAGGAUUAUCAUGUUCAAUGAGACAAAGCCUACAGACCUCAUGAAGAUCAUUUUACUCAAUUUCGAAAACGAUUUCUUACAAAAACCAAUUCUUGAAAUCUUUAAAAAGCUCACUCCUUAUCAGGGUCGAAAAUGGAGAGCCUCCAAUAUGGACGUGAUCUCGCGAGUCUACUUAAAUCUCCGACUUUCGCUCAAAGACGAUUGGCUCUGCGGUAAAGAUCUUGAAAGUGACUUCAAUUCGUGUUAUGAUCAAGAAUUAGCGCUUCGUUCGCUCAUUCAAUUCUACAAUAUGCAUCAUUACCCUGAACAAAUGCGCUGUCUUGGACUCACAUUAGCUGAACGUUAA